UCUUUAACCUUCUAUUCGUUCCUAGCUGCAGUUAGUUGGCUUCAGCAUUGCUGAUGUGUGUGUGUCUGAUCCACAUAGAUUUAUAUGUAUAUCUAUUUCUGUAUAUAUAUUUCUGAAACACUGGGAGACUAAUAGAUAUCUACUAUGGCUUCUCGAGCAGGACCCAGAGCAUCAGGGACAGAUGGGAGCGACUUCCAGCACAGGGAGCGUGUUGCUUCCCACUACCAGAUGAGUGUUGCUUUAAAGUCUGAAAUCCGUAAACUCAACAUAGUUCAUCUGCUGAUCUGGAUCCUGAUGGCUGCUCAGGUAACCGUCAGCCAGCUGAGUCUGGUAUCCCACAAGGUGGUGGCCUCUCCGUACCAGUGGGAGUACCCCUAUCUGCUGAGCAUAGUCCCCACCGUCUUCAGCUUCCUGGCGUUGCCCCGUAACAACAUCAGCUACCUGGUAAUCUCCAUGAUCAGCAGCGGCCUCUUCUGCGUAGCGCCGCUAAUCUACGGCGGUAUGGAGAUGUUCCCCAUGGCUCAGCAGCUGUAUAGGCAUGGAAAGGCAUACCGCUUCAUUUUCGGCUUCUCUGCCGUGUCUGUGAUGUACUUGGUGGUCAUCAUUGCUGUGCAGGUGCACGGCUGGCAGAUCUACUACAGCAAGAAGCUCUUGGACCAGUGGUUCACCUCCACACAGGAGAAGAAGAAGAAAUAACUUCUCCGGUUUAGAGACUUAUGGAUGCUCUCCCCUGGCAUCGUUUUCUAUAUUUAUAUUAACAGCAAUGAUUUCAUUGUUCUUAUCGAAUCAAUGAUUGGACGGUUUGUGAUUACUGCUUUCCUCUCCAGAAACCGUUUUUUCCCAACAUGCCAAAUGUUAAAUAUGACUGUUUCCAUUUCAGCCUCAUGUUUUUCAA